AUGCCAUUGCCAUGCUCACCUGUCUCGCAGUCUGCUGGCUCCGAGUCCCUCAGUAACACUACCGACGGCGAUUCUGGAGACAGCCCCACGACACCACGACCUGGGCCCGCCGAUCCGGCAAAGAGAACAGCGGACAACCUGAGUAGGCCGGCGAUACCUGGGGUGGAAGCUAGUUGGGAGGCAAGUGAGCGAGGCGGUGCGGAUAACAGAGGAGGAGGAGGCAUCAGUGAGCGACCGAGAUCCGUGACGUUCCUGCCACAGACGUUCACGCCGAAGCCCUCCACUCGACAGAGCAGCUACGCGAUGGCACCGGAUGAGAGGGACGAGAUUGGCGAGAGCAGUGCAGACGAGAAUACGGCCAUCUUUCGCAAGAGCUAUGCGAGCAAUAAUAAGUCGGACUACGGGUCCACCUCUCUCCUCAAUGGCGCGAACGGAGGAGGCGGUGAGCAAGAUCGCCUGGCAGGCGCAGACGACGUUGGCGGUCCCCGGAGGAAGAAGAGCGGAUCGUUACGGUCACGGAACAGUAGCAGGAACACUGGAGCGCAGCCUCUCGUGCCGGGCCAGAGCCAGUCGCAAGCCACCACGGAAGCUCCAGGAGAGCACGAAGGAUGGUUCCGAGCACUGGUGGAGAAGUAUGGCAGUGUCGAGCUGGAGAACAAGGGCAGCGUCGCGCGAGAUCAUCUCGCACUAGAAAGGACCUUUCUGGCCUGGCUACGGACAUCACUAUCAUUUGCGAGUAUCGGCAUUGCUGUCACACAGCUGUUCCGACUCAAUACCACGAUCGCCUCGUCUGAUCCGGACACGGUGGUGACCAUCUCGGCGGCUUCGCCGAGGCUGCGAUCGGUUGGGAAACCGCUAGGUGCUACGUUCUUGGUCAUCUCAAUACUGGUCCUCUUGCUUGGAUUCCACCGGUACUUUGAGAGCCAGCAUUACGUGAUCCGAGGCAAGUUUCCCGCUUCGCGCGGAACCAUCAUCAUCAUCUCCGCCGUCGCCACGGCUUUGAUCAUUGCCAGUCUCGUGGUCGUGGUAGUUGUGGCGCCACAGGCUGUCGGGAGAUGA